AAGAGCUGGGGAGGGUGAUUAGAGGGAAAGGAAGCGCUCUUUGACUUUUAUUCGCUGUCUUCUUUGCGCGCGCGCUCUCCACGCGAAAAUACACUCGCGUGGCGCUGCGCGGAAUGCGCGUUGUACGUUCUCUACUAUCUACGAUGCAACGACGCGUAUUUGUCUUCCAAGAAAUUUUUCUUUUUUUCUUUUUGUUUUCGUUUUCCUUCCCUUUGAUCAUCUUUAACUAAUAAAAAUCCCACAUCUAUGCUGUUAUUAUUUUUCUACGGAUAUCUUUGAUUUUAUUCGAUAGCGAGUUUAUUUUUCUUUAAAAUCGAUAAUGAAGAUUAUUCGUGUAUUGAUUAUUAUCGAAAAUUGAAUUUUUUCAAUGAAUAAAAUAUAUAUGUAUUCGAUGUGUAGACACAUGUCGUUCGUAAUAUCAUUAUUAUCGUUGACGUUCGAUUGAAACCAUUAGAAACAAAUUUUAAAAAAAGUACGAUAUGUACACUUUGAUUCUCGUCCGAGAGAAGGAAAAAUAUUUAUUUAAAAGUAAUUAAUUGUUACUUAUUGGAUAUGGACGGUAACCGCUAUUUUUAUUAUUUAAAAAUUAUACAAAAGAUAACCUAGAAAUAAUAAAUAAUUCAUGGAAAGUAGUACGCGCAAAACAUGUACGUUUAAGUCAUUAGUAAUUAUAUUAAACGAAAUUAAAUUUUUAUCACUUAUGAUAGUUUGACAGUCUCAAUAUUGAUCGAUUUAGAAGUUGUCCACGUGGAUCAAGAAACACGUUCCUUUCAGUGGACAACUUGCUUGUUUUCACAGCGAAAUCACUCGUAGCGGUGGUGGGGGAAGGGUGGUAGGGAGAAGGUGGUGUGGGAGGUUUACAUGCAGAGGAAGAAAUCAUCUUGAUUAUGCAAUAGUCGACACAAACGCGACCAUCCAGUUGUGAUAAACGUUCUGCACGAAACUUCGAAACAUAUCAUUUCAAUUUGUCGGCACGUCGUUAAAUAAUACAGAUGUGUAUAUAUAAAUACAUGUAGUUCUAUUUAAUUCGAUUUAAUUGAUAUGAAUAUAAACCGCUGCACAUUCGCAAUAUCCAAUAAGAGAGGAACGAUAUUAGCGUGUUUUCUUUUUUGUUCUUCUUCUUUUUUGCUACAAAAAAGAUAUUAAAAGCACGUUUUUCACAUUCGAACGUUUAUUUUUUAACGCAAAACUCGGCCUACAUACUUAUAUAUAUCGUAGUUCUGUUUAACGUUAUAGACCUUCGUCAAUUACUUCUCUUUUCUCUUAUUUUCAUUCGAUGCUUUACAAAAUGCAGGCUAUAUCAUUUACCCUCUCUCAAUCGCCGCAUUCAUCUUUCCAACCCCACGAUUAUAUGUAAAUUCGCUAUGAAAAAAGCCAAAAAGAAGUUGUAUCGAAAGUUGUUUUAACUCUCUCGAAGGAAAUUAUUCUGCUUGGAAAAAAUUUUAAAAAUUUGUAAAGAUAGAAGCGCGGUAUAAAAAAAGACUAAAAAAAAGGGAGAGAUAAUUUUAAUCGCGAAUUUUUGGAGAUACAAGUGCGACGUAAAAAAAAAUUAAAAAAAAGGAACAGACAGCUUUAAUGACAAAUUGUUGGAGAUAGAAGCGCGGUGUAAAAAAAAAAUACUAAAAAAAGAAAGAGAUAAUUUUAAUCACGAAUUUUUGGAGAUACAAGUGCGAUGUAAAAAAAGAAUAUUAAAAAAAGGAACAGACAGUUUUAAUCACAAAUUGUUGGAGAUAGAAACGCAGUGUAGAAAACAAAAUACUAAAAAAAGAAAGAGAUAGUUUUAAUCAUAAUAAUGCGUUCUCGCGUAUCGCCUGAAACUUGAAAUGCAACGAAAUUUCGAUAACGAAUCUAUAGAGAAAUAUCUCGCGUUUCGAUAUCUCGCUUUGGAACAAUGAAACAAAUUUUUAUUUAAUUCGAAAUGAAAUUUAUUUUCCAUAGUUUUUGUAUCGACAGAAAUAAUAGAUUCGUAAGUUUCCCUUUCUCUCUCUCUCUCUCUCUCUCUCUCUCUCUCUCUCUCUCUUUCUCUCUCUUAGUUUUUUCUUCCCCCAACAAAGGUAUGAGAAAAAUGCAUGAAAACGCUCAUGGAAGUCCCUUUUCCUCGUGUUUCUGGUCGUAGACGAAAACAGCAGCUCUGUGUGUCUCCUCAUGACACAAAUAUCUUCUCGCCAAGCUGGAAUUUCGCUUUUCCUUUUUCGCCGGCUCGGUGAAAUGCAUUUUCGUUUUUCUCCUCUUCUUCUCUCGUCCCACGUUCCCUCAUCACAGACCAGGCCCAACCCCUUACUCACCCUAUCCCGCAUCUUAAUCGCUUCUCUUAAAACUUUUACCUCUAACCAAGAGAUGCACUUCAAUUUCUUUCGAAUAUACUGUAUCAGAUCAUUUUCUUCUUUUCUCUUUCUUUUUUAUAUUUAUUUAUUUAUUUGUUUAUUUAUUUUUGAUUGUUGUUAUUGUUGUUGUUGUUGUUAUUGUUAUUGUUGCUGUUGUGUUGUUGUUUUAUUAUUAUUGAUUGUCGUCAUAAUGAUACAUAUUAAAUCAACGGGAUAUUUGUUUACGUCAGUAUCUCGAUAUUACAUUAUAACAAACGUCCCUUUAUUCUUUCUCCGUAUAUAUUCACAUUAGAAAUAAUUUCUAUGUAAGAACACGCCCGUAUAUUUUCGUCGAUAAAAUAUAUUAUAUCGUUUGGAACGAUAUUUGGCAUAUACCCUCGUUAACUUUGUGACCGCGCGACGACAUAGCUAUACGUAGAUUCUACGCCAGUGAAAAACUAAACUUUGGCACGCACGACGUCGUUCGCUUGGCUUAGCGCGAGCGAAGCGAUAGCUCCCUACAAAACGAAUUCGAAACUUACUUACCACCUUCGCUACGAAUGUCUGCCCACACAAAUUUAUUUGUAUUUCGGUCAUUUACGUAUAGACGCUCUUCGAAAGUCGCGAGAAAGCAUCGACAAGUAUUUCUCGUCUAUCUUACUGUGCUUAUCUGUACUCAUCUAUCGAAGAUCGUAUUUCCAUAUAACUGUCAUACCGAUAAUUUAAUAAUUAAUUUAAUUAAAAUAAAAUCUAAUCGUGCAAUUUAACCGCGAUCUCGUCGGUCUCAAAUUCGGGGAAGAGAAUUAUUUUGAAAAGGAACGUCUGUAUAUUUCCGAGAGUCAUCACUCGUAAUCCCUGCCAAGAGGAUGGGGGCCCACGAUGGGGGAGUGCCACUGCUCUAACAUCGCUAUCAUGCAGCUGUUCCACGAGCUGAAGCAGCAGUUCCCUGCGCUCCCUGAUUACGUCGUCUCCCAGUGCAUCGCACAGAACAGCCACGACAAGGAGAUAUGUGCAAGAAGUCUACGAGCAACCCAAGAAUCGCGUCCAACACCGGGCGCUUUUCCACUGCCCCCACCUGCUGCUGCUGUUGCUGCUCAACAUCAUCAUCAAUCGCAUCAGCAGCAGCAACAGCAGCAUUAUCAGCAACAACAGCAACAACAACAGCGUUGCUGCGCAAUGAAUCACCAAUCAUUGCAACGCAUUACGUCGAAUGGCAACGGUUCGCGACCUCCUAGGCCAGCCUCAUUGGACAUCGGCGUGGCGCGACGUUAUCCUAUUGGCUGUUCACGUACCGCGGCAUCACCAUCCGUAACUACGAACGAACCACUUGCACCCUCUUCCGCACCUGCAGCUUGCAAAGCGCGCGGUUUUUUCGAUGACGUCCCGUCCGCAAAUACCAAUGGCAACAAUUGCUCAAGUAGCAAUGUUGCUCCUGGAUUCGAACUCAAUGUUAAUGUCGCCUGCAGUCCUGCGGGCAACCGCGACUUCCGAACGGUGCCGACAAUCGGUACAUGUAAACGAAGCGAUCUCGUUGUCGAACCCCGACCCCAUUACGCGGAUCCUCAGUUGGCUGUAGGAAAAAACGCUGGACAAUUUGAUCACGCGCGAAGUUACACAUCAGUUAGCUUGACACUGAGGCCACCAUCAUCAGAACCACAGGCACCAAUCGACAUCAGGUCGCAAGGCUCGAGUUUAACAUAUUCGACCUCGUCUUUGGACCCACGAGGAUUUCAAAGCCGCUUGCAGAUUAGCAUCGGCCCGGGAAGCGUUGGCAGCGUGGCUGCUGCAAGAAUCAGACCACCAAUGGGUCCGGCCAGACCUAACAGCCUGCUUCCCCCCGCUCAAAUUAGUCCACAGAGGCCUCCAGGACUUCCUGCCGGACCUCCGAGUCAGCUGCCAAGGCCGACGACAACAAUGAGUGCCCCGACCACACCUUCGGUUCCAACAAUAACGAAUAUUAUUUCGUCUAAUAGUCUCCCUGCGACUCCGUCUGAACCAACAGCAAUCUCUCCUCCCUCUAGUCCCGUUAAAGAAAAACCGUUAAUCGGCCAGGAUCAGAAUCGUUCGCCGUUAAGCCAAGUGGCAGAACAUCAAAGAAAACUGGUCGCUGAACAAUUAGCAAGGAAGGAAAGACUCGCCAAGGAAUUAAGAGCCGAAAAGGGACGACUUGAAGCAAUGAAGAAAGAACUGCAGUCUCUAGCGAGACCCCCAGAUUCUUCGAUAUCGCCUCAGGAACUGAAGAAAAAAUUACGAAGCGAAAUUUACCAAUUGCAAAUCGAAUGUGACAGACUUGCAGACGAAGUGGAUCAGUGGUCGGAUCCACGAGUACCUUUAGGUGAAACAAAUGAAGAAUUUUAUCAGGGCAUUUAUACUGGUCAACCUUUUCUACCGUCCUCUCAUCUGGCACCACCGCCGUUGCCAAGUCAGCCACCAGUUUGGCAACCCUCUACGGGUACUGCUGAUGUAAAUGAUAGAGAAGAAGAUAGGGAUGGACCUUCGUGGGUUUGCAGGAUGUGUACCUUUGAUAAUCAUCCGUUGAUGAAUAAGUGCGAACAGUGUGACAUGCCGAGACUUUUGGAUCAUGGCAAUGCAGGUGAAACACAAGAUAUUCAUAUACGCGUUACACAUCAUCAUAAUUUUUCACCAAGACGUACAGUGCACAGUUGGGUUGUAUGAUGUGAAGUGAAUUAGAAACUUGAAGAAGUGUAAAUAUAAUUUCAAAUUAUUUAAUUUAAAUAAAAGCAAUGUAGGGAUAUAAACUGUAAACAUAGAGAUGCAUAAAUAAUGUAAUAAUUUAAUUUAAAUUAA